UCCAUGGAGUUGUUACCACCACCACCAUCAUCUUCUGCUACUUCAUCAUCGAAUUCGAUGCCAAUACUCGAUUCGAGAGAACGAAACUGGCUGGAUCUUCCACGAGAUGCAGUCUUAUCCAUUUUCCAGAAGCUUCCCACCAUUGAUAUUCUUAUUCGCACUCCCAGGGUUUGCACUACGUGGCGCAAAAUCUCCAAAGACCCUUUCCUCUAUCGUACCAUCGACAUGUUUGAUCUUGGCUACAUCAGGUAUUUAGAGUGUUUAUGUCAUCGCGCCAUUGAUUACAGCUGCGGCCAAAUAAUCCAUAUCAACAUCAACUAUUUUUGUACCAAUGAUCUUCUCCGCCACAUCGCUGAUAAUGCAAGUCAUCUACGACGCCUUCAUCUUGCAUGUUGCUAUAGGGUAACAGAUGAAGUAUUGUGUGAAGUUGCUGAAAAAUUUUCUCACUUAGAGGAACUUGAUAUAUGUAUUAGCGGCUUAGCCAUUUGCCCUCUGAAAGCAAUUGGCCGAUGUUGCCCUCGAUUGAAAACCCUUGAAUUCAGAAUCAUAGAGCGGGGUAAUCCAAGUGACGAUGAUGAGGAGGCAUUUGAUAUUGAGCUAAACAUGCAUGGGUUCCGUCGUCUCCAGCUUUUCAGAGACGAGAUAACUAAUAAAGGUUUGCUGGCUAUUCUUGAUGGUUGUCCUCACCUUGAAUAUCUUUAUAUGCGUCAAGGAUUUUGGUAGUGAUGUAAAUAACAUAUCAAGUAUUUAAGUUUUCUAUAUGAUGCCACUAUAGAUUUUUUGUCUGAAGAUGAUUAUGUCUGUUAUAAAUUCUCAGAUGAAAGUUCAUAUGAUGAUAACUAUUAUUGACUUUUG